GUGAGCAGGAGUCCCGCUGCUUCAGAGAGGAUGCUGUAGAGGAGCAGAUCGAACACUACAAGGUUUUUCUAAAAAUUGAAGAGCAGAUAGUCAAGAUGACGGCAAUCGAGAGUAAAGAGGAGAUCAGUGACACUGACAGUGGGAUUAUCUUGCACUCUGGUCCUGACAGCCCCACGUCCCCGGUGAAGGACCUGACCACCCACACCAGAGCCCUGAAGCUGAAGCACCAGUCUCUGGAGGAGCGUCUGGAGCUCUGCCUGCUGGAGCUCAGAAAGCUCUGCAUCAGGGAGGCAGAGCUGACUGGUAAACUGCCCUCAGACUAUCCUCUGAUGCCCGAUGAGAAGCCACCCCGGGUGAGAAGGAGGAUUGGAGCUUCUUUUAAACUGGACGAAGGUCUGAUCCAGAUUGAUAAACAGGACUCAGAGUUGCAAGCGCUGGAAACCGACUUAGCUCUUCAGCGGCAGAUUUAUGAGGCAGCCCGCAAACUCUCCCUGGAGGAGCACCUCAGUAAACCACAGAAGAAGAGCCGGCUGCAGCAGUGCAAGAGGGAGGAGAAGAAAGUGAAGGAUCUGCAGGAGGCCGUGUUCCAGCACAGGAUCAAGAGCGAGUGCAACUCACCGUGCAUCACCAUCUCAACCAGCCAAAACAAAGAUCUGAGCAUGUCCGAUGACAGUUCCCUGUCUGAUGUGGUGGCCCUGGAUGACGAUAUGGACUCGCCCAGCCCUCUCUCUCCGCCAGUGUUGGACACCUCCUACUCAGACCCUCUCCAGCUGUCAGCCCAGACCCUUCAGUUGUCCCCGCAGUCAUCGAGCCAGCUCAGUGUGGAGUAUGAACCCUCUCCCAUCCAGAACUCUCCAUGGAAAGAGUCCAGUCUGGACCAGCCUUACCAGAAGGCCACCAAACCUCAGUCUGCUUGCAGCAGCAGGUCCAGUAGUCCAGCAAGAACUCAGGCGUCUGCAGAUAGCGGCAGGAUUCCUCUCUCUCAGUUUCUCAAGAACUCGGCCCUGCGUCACAACCACUCCACCAGCGCCCCCUCCACCCCAGAGCUGCAUGUACGCCGACAGUACUCCCAGUCCUUCAGACUUCCCAAAAGUAAGCCAUCUGCUGACAAGGAGCGCCUCAGCUCAGACAACAACCGAGGGCGAGCCAGGCUGCCCCACCGGCGCUGCGCGGCUGACUUCAUGGUACGCUCUCCAGAGUACUCCCCCCUGUGCCCUUACCAGUCCAGCUCUGAGGACAGCAGCUCGGAGCACUCUUCCUCCUCCUGUAUUAGCUCCCCUGGCAGGGACGGACCCACUGAGAUCCCAAAGCUCUGCCCGCCGCCUUACGGGUUCCACUUUGGAGCUCAAAAGAAAGGGCUCUCCAACUUCUCCAGCUCCCAGAGGAACACCAGCCAGUCUCAGUCCAGCCUCGGCUACAUCAGGGCCAUGGCAGAAGAUGGCCCCCUCUCCCCUCAAGACGUGGAUGUGGGAAAGUGCUUCCCGUCCUCCCCGGGUGUGGCGUGCAGCCCUCAGCAAAGACAGCGGCAGGAUGGAGCAUCGUCCCCGAGGAGAAUCCUAAAGCCCCCUCCACCGUACACCAGGCUGGUUCGAACGCCCUCGCUGAAGGAGUACCCGAACCACGCCAUCAGGCUGAUGCCCAGGGAGAUUGUGUCGGAGGAGCUGAAGUCCUGGCAUCAGAGGAAUCAGCUGCAGAAGUUACGGCCAAACUGCGUGGAUCUGCAGAGUUCACUGAGCGUGAAGAGCCCCACUUCACCUCAUCUGCCUCCAUUUAAACAGGGUUCGGGUAAUGUGAUUCUCCAGAGAGCUGCAGACGGGACUCCAGUCCAGUGGUUCAUUGCAGAAGAUGCUGAAAUCGUGAGCCAGGUGUAGCUGAGACCUCUGCUGCUCUGCAGUAUGUGCAGUAGGAUGUGUGUUCUUCCCCUCUAUUUAUCUCUGUAUUUAUUAAGGCUUCGGACUCUCUGUGAGAUUGUACGUCGACAAGAUGCAGAAAACGUGGACCCCGAAAACGUGGACCUAUCGGGACCCGAUGAGCACAUUUCUCUCUCGACUUUUAAUUUAAAUCUUAUCGUGGUAUGCCAGUUUUAUUUAUUUUAAAUAGUUUUCUAGUAGAGGUUUCUAAAUUAUCUGAGGUGAAUUGAGCUUCAUUCAAUUUCAUAAAUGUGUCAAGUGAAUCAUAAGAUUUAAAACAAACUUGCUGUGGUUCCAAGAAUUUCUUUGUGGCUGGCACACAUUUUGCACAUAAAAUUCACCUGCAGUAGUUUUCAAAUAAGUUUUCCCAUUCCUAAUAUAAUUUUCAAUUUUUAUUAUAUUUAUGUGUUCCUGAAAGUGUCCCCCUUGCAGCAUAGAGACUUAUUACUAAUAUUUUGACACACCUUUGAAAAUGCAUUGCUCUUUUUAAUAUAUAUAUAGUUAAAAUUUAACAUCUGUCUGACGUGAAGUAAGCCGAAUCUUAAUUUCCUAUUAACUCUUAAUGAUUAAUCACUGAUGCCUUUAACGGUGGUUUGAGGAAUGUUUUCACUGCAGUAUGGUGCUUUGUUACUAACCAAGUGAUUGUAUCAGUUUUGAUAUUUUUGGUAUAUUUAUAAUAAAAAAUACAA